GGUGGAGGGCGCGUACGGGCCGCAGCACAGCCCAGUGUCGCGGUCCGACGCGUCCACUGAGGACGCUGAGCUGUCCGCCGCGCUAGCACACCAACACCAUCUCGCAAUGCAGGCUGGUGAUUACCCGGUGGUGGGUGGAGGGGUGGACCCGGACUACGGACAGUACGUCUCCUCCCCUGCAGCUCAUUAUAACCACAUGGGGCAUCUUACUAUGGCGCCUUCGCAGAAAUACCCACAUGUAAUGGACUCCGUGUCAGUGAGCGGGGGAGGCAGCUACGCCGGAGCAGGGGGCGCGGGGCAUUACGGCACUUACGGUCACUAUGGCGCUGCGGCCUACCAGGCGCAACCCGCGUAUAUGGUCGAGCCUGGGUCGCAAGUUCCCACUUAUAUGGGACAGGAGUACGUGGAAGGAGGCGGCAGUGCCUCACCAAGGAGCGCUUCACCCGGCGCGAUUCCUUCUCAACACAAUCUACACUUACAGCAGAGGUACGAUUCGGCAUCCCUGGAGCAGCUAGGGCGGCACUACUGCGUGACGUCACCGCGAGGAGAAUAUGCGGGAGACGCGUACGGUUAUCAACAUUAUCCUGCUACUUAUGACACAAAUCCUCAUCAACAACCAUUCAAGGACUCGCAAAAUGGCCUCAGUCUAGGUAGCGCAGGAGGACAAUCGAUGUAUGGCGACGAAGAAGAACUACAAAAACAGAUGGCAGGGAUGUCGUUAGUACACGGUGGAGUGGCAGUACGUGAAGAAGGCGGACUGCAAUGGCGCGACCCGAACCUGCCCGAAGUGAUUGGCUUCCUCAGCUCGCCCUCAGACGUGGUCAAAGCCAAUGCUGCUGCGUACCUUCAACAUUUGACGUACAUGGACGACCCUAAUAAGCAGAAGACUAGGAAUUUAGGCGGGAUCCCACCUCUUGUCCGGCUGAUCUCCCACGAGAACCCCGAAGUGUGCAGGAACGCGUGUGGGGCGCUACGGAACCUCUCGUACGGGCGUCAGAACGACGAAAACAAGCGCGCCAUUCGCGACGCUGGAGGCAUUCCGGCGCUCAUGGCCUUGCUGUGCCGCGCCAACGAUAUGGAGGUGAAGGAGCUAGUGACGGGUAUAAUCUGGAACAUGUCGUCAUGCGAGGACCUGAAGCAGUCGAUCAUCGACGAUGCCACCCACAUCAUCGUCAACAAGGUUGUCAUCCCGCACUCCGGUUGGCAUCCUACCAAUCCGGGAGAUACUUACUGGUCUACAGUAUUUAGAAACGCGUCUGGCGUUCUCCGCAACGCGUCGUCCGCAGGCGAGUACGCGCGGCGGCGACUGCGCUGCAUCCCCGGACUGACAGAAGCUUUGCUACACGCUGUACGCGUAGCGAUCAACCAGAACGCUAUUGGCACCAAGAUUGUCGAGAACUGCGUUUGUAUAUUGCGCAACCUAUCGUACAGGUGUCAAGAAAUAGAAGAUCCUUUGUACGAUACGAGAGCACCACCUACGCAGUCAUCUGGGCAAGCUAGGAUACAGGCCAGCGCUUCCAAAGGCGAAAACCUUGGCUGUUUCGGUGGUAGUAAAAAGAAGAAAGAAGGGUCUUCCUCGAAUUCGACCAGCCCGCUGGGCAAGAGCGAAUCGGACUCGCAGCCUCUCGGAGAUACGAACAACAGCUCGCAGCUUGGUUACAGUGUGCCAAAGGGCACGGAAAUGUUGUGGUCACCUGAGGUGGUCCCUCUUUACAUGGCGUUGCUACAAACAUGUUCCAACCCGGAGACGUUAGAGGCGGCCGCGGGCGCGCUGCAGAACCUCGCUGCUUGUUAUUGGCAGCCCUCUAUUGAUAUAAGAGCGGCUGUUCGGAAAGAGAAAGGUAUAGGACUACCAAUCUUAGUAGAACUCUUACGAAUGGAAGUGGACCGUGUGGUGUGCGCCGUGGCAACGGCUCUACGUAAUCUGGCCAUCGACCAGCGGAACAAAGAACUCAUCGGCAAAUACGCGAUGCGAGAUCUCGUACAGAAAUUACCUAGCGGCAAUCAACAGCACGAUCAAGGCACAUCAGACGACACGAUAGCGGCAGUACUAGCGACACUGAAUGAGGUGAUAAAGAAAAGUGGCGAGUUCAGCCGCUCUCUACUUGAAGCAGGAGGGGUGGAGCGAUUACUCAACAUCACGAAGCAGCGCCAUCGGCAUACUCCACGGGUGCUCAAGUUUGCUGGCCAAGUGCUGAUGACGAUGUGGGGCCACGCGGAACUGCGUGAAGUGUACCGCAAGCACGGCUGGCGCGAGGCAGACUUCCUCACACCCGCAAGGAACGCGCACUCCAGGGGCAACUCCAAUAGCAGCGGUGGCAACACAGGCGGCGGCGGCACACCUCACUCUCCCAGCAACGCCAACAGCACACUGUCGCGGCCCAUGGCCUCUACGGGCGGCACACGGUACGAGGACCGCACUAUCCGCCGGCAUCGGGACACUACCGAUGACGCAGUGGACGGUAACUACGCGGACGGACUCGGCAUGGGCAAUCCGAACGGGCGGCCCAUGAACCUGCAGGGUGUGCAGGCGCAACUGCCACCGCCCAGCAGUCGUUGAGACUCGCUCGCGAAGAAAAAAAGAAGAGUAAUUCGGUAGCAGUGGUUCUUGGUUAAUUAGAUAAGUUGUGAGAUGUGGAAGCGAGAAGUCGUUCAUUUUAGUGAAAAUCAUUUUACACCAUUAAUUCAUACAAAUGGUAACAAAUGGACUUCCUUAAGACAUGCAUCGAAUUUUACAUUGUAAGUUGAAUUAUUGCUGCUAAUGUCACCAGAGGUCAUUCAUCUAACGUCACUGAAGUCAAAACAGAGUGAGCCAUGUUAUCAAAUCAGUUUUGAUAUUUUGACAGAUAAAAAAGUGCAGAUGCAGAGGUAAGUUAACGUUCAGGGACCGAACUUUUAUGCCAGUCUGAAGUUAAAAAUGCAGUUUCAAAUUCUAUACAUUUACGAAACCCCCUCUUUAAGUUACCUAUUUUUGCCGCGAAGCGGUAAUGUGAGCAUUACUGUGUUCCGAUAUUGAAGGGUAAGGGUGCUGGUGACAGAUU